AUGAAGGAGAGACUGGUAUAUAGUGUUGGUGAAUAUAAGUGCAAAGACUUUAGCCGAUAUAUUUGGUUUCACAAGACGUACAAAUUUACUUUUGGAGGCCGUACAAAAUAUACGGAGGAAUUUGUGUUAUGUCGAGGCGGUGGUGGGCGCAAGGAGAAUUCAAUGGGACUCGGAACUGUGAUUGAUAUAUCUGCAACGCCGGCUAAUAGUGAACAGUUCAUUAUGCGUAGCAUCAAAAAUGAUUGUGAUGAUGAGGCUGCUGGCAUGAGUAAUGAUCAGAUUACAACGACUUUGCGACCUCCUUCAUUGCUUUUGGAUCAUAAUAUGUCACCACCAGAAGUAAAAGAUGCUCUUACUUCUGAACAUUCGAACUUGAGGCAUGGAAUGCAGCUCUCUGAAGCUCACGAAGAUGUGCCUUCCGAUCCUUUUGUAUUUUCAAUUCAUCAAUUAAAGGGCAGUGAGGUUUGUUCAGCAAAUGGUACAAACCCAGUGUUGGCUGCAGAACAGCCGUUCGAGGGUCGUUGCUUUGAUUCCAGUAGUUGUCCUCAUGAUCCUGAACCGUCUACCUCAAAAGAAAGUCCAGCAUCAAAAGAAACUGGUAACGAGCAGGUGGAUCAAGCAUUAAGCUUGGUAAAUGGAAAAUGUAAUCUGAAAACAUCAGUUAAUAUGGGAAACUCAAAUCGGUUUACUGAUGAUUCAACGGAAUCCGGCAAGGAUAUCACAACAAAGCUUUCUAUUUAUGUCCCCUGUGGGAACAGAAAUCAUGUCGGAAGCACCGAUUUGAGUCGACAGAUCUGUCCCAAUGUUCCUAAACAAGAGUCAUUUCCCACAGCCGAUGUUCAUCAAGGAGUACCUCGACGAUCGCUAAUAAACACAGCUCCUUUAUCACCAAAUCAUUACGGUUCUAUUUUGGCUCAAACGUCACUGCCAUUUCGAAUUAACAAACGUUCACAACACUCCGGUUCAUGCAAAACUUCGACACAUACUAAUGCCAAUGAAAUAUUUUGUACAGAACGGGAAAUUUCCACAAAUGAUGAACAAAUAACAACUGCAUAUUUCGCGCCAUCCUCGUCAUUACCAGUCGUGAAUGCAGGUGAAGAUCAUUUACAAAUUCCUAGUGAGCAAAUUUUGAAUAAGGCGCUUGAUUUAUUACGAAAACCAAUGCAGGACGACAUAAAUGAACCGAGAACUGUAACCAAACGAGGUUAUCCCAAAAAAAUCAGUCCGAGUACUGUUGUGGACAAUAAAGAUGGUUUGAAUCGGAAAAUAUUGCAAGAGAAAAUUGGAAAAUUACGUGAUAAGAACGGUCUGGCAUUAAGCGUUCCACAUCUUGAACGUGCUCAUCUUAGUCAACUGGUUAAUUUACUACAGCGUUUCAAGAAUCACUUUGCGAUUAGUGAUUUUCUAUCAAAAGAAGUUUCGGAUCAUGUUUUCGGUGAUGGUUCAGCUAUCGCUCCCCAAAAACUGACUAAGGGUGCUCAAAAUUCAAUAUCUGCGGAUAGACGACUAAUGAAAUAUGUUACGGAUGCGGAUGCAACCGAAUCCGAAAAUAGUGAUGGGGAAAGGGAGGAACAGAUGCCAUCAACAUCGAAUGCUUAUCUACCAUACGGGAGCUUGUCAUCUCAUGCAUAUUUCGAUGAACGAGUUCGUUUGGGUGCGUUAGAUGCAAAAGCUCUCUGUAUGGAAGAGGACUGUGAAGAAAAAAUAAAUGUUGUAUAUCGUCAGCUGAACAACAUUCGAAGACAAAAAAAGAAGGCAUAUGCAUGGAAUGACGAAGCUUUGAACGAAUGCUGUGCGAGAUGCUUACCAUUUGAUGGUAAAAGAAGGCGUUUUUUGAAAAGGAGAAAAGUGGAUAAGAUAGGGAAAAAUGGUCUCACUGAACGUGGAAUCCCUAUAUCACUGGAUACUGGUGAACGCGUGCGGGCAUACGCUGAUGUGGACAACCGAGUUUAUCCUGCAUUUCCUUUGCUUACAGCAGUGCCUGUAGAGCGAGGUGCUGAAGUCUAUUGCCGUCGAAGAUCGACUCGCCCAAUAAUACAUUUGCGUAAAAGAUUUGAUCGCUCUCCAUGGACUACAUUUUUGGAGGAGCGAAAAGUAGCGGUAAAGGAAGCAGUCAUAGUGGAUGAUAGACAGACAAGAAGAAAGCGAGAGAGAAGUGAGAGCGAAGAAAGUUAUGAUGAUGACGAGGAUUACCAACCGCCCACAAAUUAUUCUCAUCGAAGCUCAUAUUGUAAACGACCAUUAACGUUGAAACGUGCUGGACAAAACCUUGUGGGAAGAUCGUUGGAUCGAAAGAGGAACGGAGAUUUCCGGAACCGUAGAUUUACUAACCAUCGACUUCGGCUGCUUCGCACAAAUGAUGUCGAAGAUGGACUCGUGGAACCAAUGCCCGGUCUCCCUCAGAAAAUUGAUUAUAAAGAAAUUUGUAUACCACACUGGGAACGAAAGCCAUUAAAACUAGUGUCGGAGGAAGGUUCAGGAUGCACGCAUCUGGCAGAAUGCUCAUGUGUAGCAAACAUAUCGAGACGGCAUCUGCCAUAUGAAUUGAACGAACGAAAACGUUUUCAACAGUACAGGGAUUAUGUGGCCGCAAAAUCAGCAGCAACAUCCUCUAAGUUGUCAGGAUCUAGUCAUUCCAAACUUCGAGCAGCAAGCACUGCUCCAUCUGCAACUGGUUCGGCCGAAAGUCUGAGUUUACUAGAAAGUGUUCACUCAGUAUCUGCUGCACCAAGUCCUGCAACCCUGUACUGUACUUUCGAUGACGAUCAACUGAGUUCGAAUAAUGGUGAAUCAAUAUCUGUACCCGACUAUGAUCGACCAUCCAUGGCUUCGCCGUACUCACCGAGAAUUUUUUCCGUCCCAGUGUUUGCUGGUUCUCAUUCGAUAAAAAAUGAAAACAAGUGA